AACAUGAACGCAUGCGCGCUGAUGACGCAGUUCAAAGAUGGCGGUGCAGGUGGAGUUGUGUUGUCUGGAGAGUUUCCCCUCUCACCUGAGUCCUCUGGAUGUCCUCAUGUUUCAAAGUCACCUGGAUUCAGUGUUCCAGAUCCACACCGACCCCCCGACCCUCCUCUUCACCCCGCACCGGGCUCCGGGCUCCGGGAGGCCGGACAUCUUAGUGCGAGUCCACCCGACCACGGAGGAGGAGACCUGCAGAGGAGCAGAGUCCAGGAGCCGGGGGGGGGAGGAGGAGACCUGCAGAGGAGCAAAGUCCAGGAGCCGGGGGGGGGAGGAGGAGACCUGCAGAGGAGCAGAGUCCAGGAGCCGGGGGGGGGAGGAGGAGACCUGCAGAGGAGCAGAGUCCAGGAGCCGGGGGGGGGAGGAGGAGACCUGCAGAGGAGCAGAGUCCAGGAGCCGGGGAUUGGAGGAGUCCAGGAUCCGGGGGGUCGUCCUGUUCACCAGCCCCCUCUUCCUGCGGCUCCACGGGCUGCAGCGGCUCGGCAGCACCGGGACAGUCCGGCCUCUGGAGCCGGUCCGCCUCGACAGGGUGGUGCUGGGAGCCCGCAGCAGGAGGAGCCUCCGCCGGGCAGCAGCUGAACACUUCACCGCCGGACUGCUGGAGCUCUGCAGCCCGGGACAGGUGCUGCUGGCCCGGCAGGGAGAGCCGCUGCUGCUGGGAGAGGAUCCUCCGGGACAGGAGCAGCAGUUGGACCUGUUGGUUCUGGACUGCAGUCCUGUCACUCAGGGAAGAAUCACGGCCGACACCUCUCUAGUUCUGACCGACUGCUGUGACUGGUUGGACCCUCCAGGCUCCGCCCCCUCCUGCAGACCGCUCAGACUGUUCGUGUCAGACUUCGCUCAUUACGCCGAUGGCGUGGAAGGAGGACGGUCUCUGCUGGACAACAGGAAGCUGCUGGGCUCGGGGUUCUCAGGUGUCCUCCAGGCGUUGGAGUGCAGGCUGGACGUGUGUGUGGUGGACGCUCGGCGCCGGCGGCUCGGGGCCGAUGGCGUGGACGUGGACAGCUGCGUGUUUGUCAGUAAACACCUUCUUCUCAAACUCGGCCUCUUUAACCACGAGUGGCUGAAGCUGUCCACCAGAGGGGGCGGGGCCAGAGAGCGGCUGGUCUCUGUGCUGGUAGUGGAUCCAACACAGAGUCCAGACCCGCAGAGUCCAGACCCGCAGAGUCCAGACCUGCAGAGUCCAGAUGAAGUCGGCUUCAUAUCAGAGACUCUGUGGUUCAACAUGACGCGAGGAGACGAGAUCCCCGAGACCGUGUGCACACUGAGGAUGAAGAGGUGGAGGUCGUUUCCUCCGGAGAGUGGCGGCGUUCGCUCCGAUAGUUUUUGUCGCUCGGCGUCUCCUCCGUUCGCCAGCGAGCUUCACAUCCAGCCCGUUGUUUCUCCGCUCUACAAUGACCUGAGCUGCCACGACGCUCUGCUGUCAGAACACUUCAGGACGCCAAGACUGGUUUCAGAGGGAGACGUCCUAACGCUUCCUGCUCACAAACAUCCAGACCUGCUGCAGGACAACGCCGACGGAAUACACAGGUGUCCCGUGCUGUUCUUCAGGGUGCAGAAGGUGAGUCGGCCUGCACGGGGAGAUAGAGAGGACGGAGGAGGAGCACACCUGGCCGACAGACGCCACACCUCCCUCUACAUGGGAGCGUCCACUAACAGCAGCGUCCCCGGCUGCUGCCUUCAGGGACCGUCUCUGUUCAGCUCUCUGUGUCCGCCCGGACUCAACAAGACCGUCCAGCUCCUCAGCAGCAUCAUCCUCCCUCACCUGCACCACAGCUCUCUCUCUGGGUGCACUGUCCUCCUUCACGGUCCCGCAGGAAGCGGGAAAGUGACGGCGGUGAGCGCAGCGGGUCGCAGAUUGAACCUCCACCUGCUCAAGGUGGACUGUGUCAGUGUGUGUGCUGACACCACUGCAGCCUCGGAGGUGAAGUUGGCGUCAGUGUUCCAGCGGGCAGGCGCUCUGCAGCCGUGCAUCCUGCUUCUCAGAAACCUGCAGCUCCUGAUCAAACCUCGAGGGGGCGGCGAGGAGGACGGCCGGCUGCAGGCGGCGCUCUGCCAGAUGCUGCAGAGGGCCCCCAACAGUGUGGUUGUCAUAGCAACAGUCUGCAGACCUAGGGACCUGUCCACAGGUGUCAUGGCGGCGUUUGUCCACCAAGUGGAGUUAGAGAGUCCCUCUGAGGAACAGAGACUCACCAUGCUGGUCCACCUGAGCCGAGACCUGAACCUGGGGAGAGACGUGGACCUGCAGAGAGUCGCCAAAGUCUCUGUGGGUUUGGUUUUGGGGGAUCUGAGCGCUCUGAUGGUGGAGGCAGGUAGAGCCGCCUGCAGGAGACUCACCUGUGUCGCUCGGCAGGAGGCGGACCUGUGCUCAAGUGGAGUGACCAUCAUGAACCAGGACUUUAGCUCUGCCCUCCAGACGCUGCAGGACGCUCAGUCCACCGCCAUAGGAGCCCCAAAGAUCCCUGACGUGCGCUGGGAGGACGUCGGAGGUCUGCAGCACGUAAAGAAGGAGAUCCUGGACACGGUGCAGCUCCCUCUGCAGCGUCCAGAGCUCAUGUCUCUGGGUCUGAACCGGACCGGAGUCCUGCUGUACGGACCUCCAGGGACGGGGAAGACCCUGCUGGCCAAAGCUGUUGCUACAGAGUGCUCCAUGACCUUCCUCAGUGUUAAAGGUCCAGAGCUGAUCAACAUGUACGUGGGUCAGAGCGAAGAGAACAUCAGAGAAGUUUUCUGCAGAGCGCGCUCAGCUGCUCCCUGCGUCAUCUUCUUUGAUGAACUGGACUCUCUGGCUCCCAGCAGGGGGCGCAGCGGAGACUCAGGGGGGGUGAUGGACAGGGUGGUGUCUCAGCUGUUGGCUGAGCUCGAUGCUCUUCACUCGUCUGACGGAGUUUUCGUCAUCGGAGCGACAAACAGACCCGACCUGAUCGACCAAUCAUUGUUGAGGCCUGGGAGGUUCGAUCAGCUGGUGUUUGUGGGCGUUAACGAGGACCGGGAGUCUCAGCUUCAGGUUCUUCAGGCCGUCCUGAGAAAGUUCCAGUUGGACUCAUCGGUGAAUCUGAAGGAGGUGGUGGACCGAUGCCCCGCCCACAUGAGCGGCGCCGACCUGUACGCGCUGUGUUCGGACGCCAUGACGGCGGCCAUCAAGAGGAAGAUCUCGCUUAUCGAUGGCGGUAUGGACUCAGAGGACUCACCUGUCCUCCUCUUCUCGGAGGAUUUCUCUGCAGCGUUAGAAAACUUCUCUCCGUCGGUGUCGGAGGUCGAGCUGCAGCGUUACAGAAACAUUCGACACAAACUGAAUGUUUGAAUAAUGUCAACACAAUGUUUAUUUAUGUUUUAGUAAAGAAUAAAUAAUCAACAAGAAAUGAAA